AUGCUCUCUACACUCUCCUCCUGGCUCCCCAACCCAACGGGCUAUUUGCCUUACUACAUGCUCGUUCUCUCCAUCAUCUCAAUUGGCAAUUCUGCGCAGAACUUAAUAACCCUGCACUACACAAGGCGGAUGUAUGACGCGCGCUUCGUUCGUAACCCAAAGCUUCCACCGGCGUCUCAGGGGUUCAACCCCGAUGAUUCCGUGAAUAAGCUCGUACAUGCACCGGCCGGGAAGGACGGCUCCGACCAAGUCACACCCCUUGCGGCACGCCUCUUUGGAACUUGGACUCUCCUCACCAGUGUCGUUCGUCUCUACGCGGCCUACAACCUCCACAUCGGCCCCAUUUACGACAUAGCUGUCUGGACUUACGUCGUUGCGCUGGGCCACUUCCUGAGCGAGUUGCUGGUGUUCAAGAGUAUGACCCUUGGCAAGCCCCAGAUUUUCCCGCUCAUUUUUGCCUCCACUGCCCUGAUCUGGAUGCCUAGCGUCCGCGACCACUAUGUCCAGGUUUAG